AUGAACACUGUCACUGCAUCAGGUGGGCAGCCUAAUGGCUCAAAGCUUGUGUUCGAAAUUGCCCUAGACCCGUCUUGUAGUGAUGGGAAGCAAUGGGCGGAAGAGCAAUGCAAGGGAGCGGAACGGCUCGAUCCAGACGCCUCUGAGUUUGAGAAACGCAAGUAUCAAGAGUAUUUGCUCAAGCUUGGUAGCCUCCUACGGAACGAGUUCAUGGUCCCGAAAGAUCGAGCAGCACGAGGUCGCAAUUAUAUCCUGAAGCAACUACCACAGCACUAUCAUAUUCGAAGAAAAGCCAGGUCCAAGGUUGAGAAAGACAAGAAGGAGAAGUACGACUUCUAUAUCUAUGGACAUCCUACUAGCGAUAGGAGCGGUAACCCUCGAAGUUACGCAUCGCCCAACGAGUUUUUUCAUCACCUUAUAUGGCUCAUUGGUGGUUCUGGCGAUACCGGCAAUUGUGCUUGCAAGCUAUGCAAUAAGAGCGCCAAGCACGAGCCGGAAUCACUAAAGGCUAGAAUUACUGCUGCAUCAGUGACCGUUCUGGCAAACACCCCUUCUGCUGCCCAGACUCCUCCGACUGCGGCGCCGUCCGGCACAUCACCUGCCUUGCAGGCGACUUCAAUGAGGAGGACUACAUCCACCUCAUCGGCAACGGCAAGACCGACUGCGGUUCAGAAACCAUCAGUUCAGUCGCUCGGAGCUCCUACCGUCUCUCAGCCGCAAGCAGUCCAGUCGCUUGGAGCUCCUGCUGUCUCUCAUACGCAAGCAGUUCAGUCGCUCGGAGCUCCUACUGUCCCUCAUACGCAAGCAGUUCAGUCGCUUGGAGCUCCUGCCGUCCCUCAUACGCAAGCAGUUCAGUCGCUCGGAGCUCCUGCCGUCCCUCAUACGCAAGCAGUUCAGUCGCUCGGAGCUCCUGCCAUUGCUCAGACACAAGCAGCAGCCGUAGCACCACAUCCGGCGGCACUUGCAGCUGCUUUUCCGGCAUCGUUCUCAUCUACGGCUCCCAGUCAGACUCAAGCACCUGCAUUGGUGGACGAGCCGGUCAUAUUUCGAGAAGGCGAGGUUGUGUGGUACAAACACAACAACGCCUGGAGGAUUGGUGUCGUUCUCAAGCUCGUCACCUCUGAUGAUACUCCUCAGACUCAAGCAAAGUGCCUUGUCAAGCCGUUGGCACAUGCAGCAUUGCAAAUUGAGUCUGUGCUGAAAGUUGAAACUGAUUUGAGACCGUUUCUAGCAUUCAGCGUUCCUCCAGUCAAUAUGAAAGAACUUCAGAACGUUAGAAUGAGCCAAGUAGAUUGGGCAAGGAUUCAAGCACAGUAUGCCGGAGCAGACCGCCAGAAACAAGAGAUAGUGGGUUUAGAGGCGUCUAAGAAAGCCGUUGUAGAAAUUGACAAGUCGUAUUCGACCUUCAACGCUUUCCCACUCAAUCCCGCAGAGCCGACAAAGCAAAGAGUUGGCGGGAUAUUCCUUGGCGCUGAGCGAAUUGCCAUCAACGAAGCUGUCCGGAUUCGAUUGGCACCAGAGGAAAUUGACGCCACGUGGAUCAAGGGCUUACCCAUUGUCAUGGUCGCACGAGACAUCUAUAUCACUUCGGACAGUCUACAUUUCUCGGGAGAUAUAUAUCGUCUCGAAGAGACUGCCAACCAGCAAUUGCCUUCCGAGCAAGGACAAUUGCCAGCCGCAAUGCUUCAAGAACAACAGUUCCGUAAUGCAGUCAACAAGCGCCCUGGGUCUCACUUCCGCUGGGUUCUAGUGCAGCAGAACAAAGACAAGCCCGAAGCAGUCAUCCGAGGCAGAUUCUACGAAAGCUCGAAACUCAUGCCGAUCCUCGAUCGGGAGCGUUUCCAGGCAGCCCUAAGCAGGGGUGUGGUAGAAGAUGCUGGCACUUAUCUGAACAAUCGGCUGGAUAGUGCUGGCAACUAUAUUGGUCGCUGCAAGAACCGCAUAGAGGCGCUGUCGACAUCGGUACCGGCAGGCUUCUCCUUGAGUCUUGGUCAAGGUAUUGUGGAGGACUAG